GCAUUGGGUUGAGUAAAUGUUGGCUCACAGGCUACACCUGUAUGUCGAAGGUGUGUCAUUUCACGAGAACAACACACACGUCCUUCUUCCCUGUGUGUCCGUAUGUCCUGUUGGCCUCUGCUGGGAUCACUGAGUGGGUUGGAACCGGAUGAGCACAAAUCUAUUUAGUGGAUUGGGUUGACUAAAGUAAAUCUACUGCAACAGUCCUGUAAUAACUCCUGACUCCAAGAAGGGUGACAUAUUCAGGAUUUGGCAUAUGCCUGGUGAAAACCCUGUGAAGAGUGGUGCGUCUGGCUGAGUGGAGCCAGCAGAGAUGGGAGCCAACACCAGCCAGGUCAGUGAGUUGUCCGAUAACCCAAGCCUCAAGGCCCUGGUGGGCACAGAGUCCAUAUCGGAGAAUGACCCGUUCUGGAACCAGCUCAUCUCCUUCACCUUCAUCAGUCCCACCAGCAGUGGAGAAUCUAAGUUGCUGGAAGAAGCUGUCAUCCCCCUGGCAAAGCUCUUUAUUGAAAACAAUCCCAGAACAGGCAACUUUGGUGCGCUUGUGAGAAUUUUCCUGGGAAGAACCAAAGAGCUGAAAAUCUCGACAGAAUGCCAAGAUCAGCUAUUUAUCUGGCAGGCCCACAAUGCACUGUUCAUGAUCCGUUGCCUGCUCAAGGUGUUCAUCAGGGAGAUGAGUGAAGAAGAGCUGCACCUACAGUUCUCCUACCAGGAGAGGGCACCAGGCUCCUGUGGAGAAACAGGUAGUGAGGACCUCCUUGAGGAGUUGUUGUCCAACCUUGUUCACUUGAUCGUUGAAGUCCCCCUGCUGGACAUCACCUAUAGCAUCCUGUUUGAAGCAGUGACCACGCUGCUGGUCUUCUUCUCUUAUCAGCUCUUCCAUAAAGACAUCCUCCGAGAUGGAAUCAUCUACCAGCACAUCAUGAAGGGGAGAUGUUUGUCUCUAACCAGUCGACUGGUGAAGACCCUGCUCUAUAACUUCAUCAGGCAGGAGAAGUGUCCACCUCCAUCAACCCACGUCUUUGAGCCCAAAGCUGAGGGGGGCCUGCUCUAUGGCCUGGCGUCCGGGGUGGCAAGUGGACUGUGGAGUGUCUUCACAUUGGGUGGAGCUGGCGGCAAAUCAGGCAUAGACCAAGAACAGAACCCCUUACCUCUGUCUAAUCAGAGCCUUCUGUUACUACUGGUCCUCGCCAAUCUAACAGACGGGCCUGACUGGCCCAACCCCUACCGCCAGGCUAUAACUUGUUUCAGAAACACACAAGACACAUCAUCGCUGCCCGUGGAGCCACCUCACACUUUCCAAAUCAAUUUCAACAGUCUGUACACAGCGCUGUGUGAACAGCAGCGCUCUGAUCAGGCCACGUUACUGCUGUACACCCUGCUUCACCAGAACGCCAACAUGAGGACAUACAUGCUCUCCAGAACGGAUAUGGACAAUCUGGUGUUGCCCAUCCUUGAGAUCCUUUACCACGUAGAGGAAAGAAACUCUCAUCACGUCUACAUGGCCCUCAUUAUUCUCCUCAUUCUCACUGAAGAUGAUGCCUUCAAUCGCUCCAUCCAUGAGGUGGUAUUGAAGAGCGUCUCAUGGUACACAGAGAGGUCAUUGACGGAUAUCUCUCUUGGCAGUUUGCUUAUCCUGGUGGUUAUCCGCACCAUCCAGUUUAACAUGACCCGGACAAGGGAUAAAUACCUCCAUACCAACUGUCUGGCUGCCCUUGCCAAUAUGUCAGCCCAGUUUAGAUGUCUGCACCAGUACGCUGCUCAGCGCAUUAUCAGUUUAUUUGCUUUGCUUUCCAAAAAGCACAACAAGGUUCUGGAGCAGGCAACACAGAGUCUUCGAGGCAGACAGGCAGACAACACAGCCUUGCCCGAUUAUGCCCAGGACCUGAAUGUGAUUGAGGAGGUGAUCCGCAUGAUGCUGGAAAUCAUCAACUCUUGCCUGUGCAACUCUCUCCACCACAACCCCAACCUGGUGUAUGCGCUGCUCUACAAGAGGGAGCUCUUUGAGCAGUUCAGGAUGCACCCCUCCUUCCAGGACAUCAUGCAGAACCUGGACACGGUGAUUGGCUUCUUCAGUCAGCGUCUGGAGCUGGCAGGAAGUGACCUGUCAGUUGAGAGGGUUCAGGAGGUCAUCAUGAAAGGAGCCCAGGCCCUUCCCAGUGACAGACUGAAGAAGUUUCCUGAGCUGAAGUUUAAGUACGUGGAGGAAGACCAACCCGAGGACUUCUUCAUCCCCUACGUCUGGUCUCUGGUCUUUAACUCUGGAGUCGGCGUCCACUGGAGCCCACACGGCAUCGAGCUGUUCAGCAUGGACUCCGGCUGAAACACCCGCUGCUGCAGACAGUGUGUGCGUCUCCAUCCCUGCUCAGUGACUGGCAGCGUGUGUGUGUUAAUGCGUGUGUGCGUGUGUUUGGGUGGGUUUAUGCACAUUACCCUUUAUAAGUAUGUGCAUGCUGCUUUGAAAGUGCCUCAACCUUGUACAGAAUGUUUUUUCUUUUUAUGCAGCACCACCUAUUUUUUGUUUUCCUCCACAUGUACCAAUAAUUCCUCUGAUUCUUCACGGCGAAGAUUCCCCUGUGUACAGUCAGUCCUGUAGAGAAUACAUAUUUAACAUCUGCUUUGCCUGCUUCCACAGCACACGCUGACGCACAUCUCUUCUGUUGUUGUGACUCCGGCUAAGGAUAAUCCCACAUUAUUUAGUUUUCUUGCUUACAAAGAAAAAGGUCAAAUUAAAGAGAUCCACUUAAUGCUACAUCCACACUACUAAGUUUUUGUUUGAAAACGCAUCAACUCCGCUUUGAGCACAUCUGUUCUCCACACGUUUGGAGCAAUUAAACUAAAGGUUUGGCCCCGUUUUUGUUCAGUAACUGGGGCUGCGUUUAAGUCUGGACGGGCAGAAACGGUGAUGUUUGGAAACGAUGAUGUAGACACAACCGCUUGCAGAUUGGGUCUUUUUGGGCCCAAAGAAGCCCCAAACUUCUGUCACAUCUAGAUCCACUAUCCCGAUUAGCCUCAGCUACCAAUGUAGAACACAACAUGAAUUCCAUCAAUUACAAGUGUAGCUGACCCAGUUGUCUUUGCUAACAAUUGUUGUUCAGUGAAAUUCAGCAUUUUACAAUGAUACAACUGCUGACCUGUGUUGGAUGGGAGCAAUUAUUAGUGCAAUCUGGAACUGUUCCCGUGUCAAGCGCCACACGCAUGCCCAAUGUAUGUGAGUGGUCACAUGAUAUGCAUCUUCAGGCGUGUUUGCCAAGGAUUGAAACUGAUACAGAGCCAAAACACUCAUGUGGAAAAUGCUGUUUUCAAAAGAAAACAUUGUAGUAUGGCUGUUGCCUAACUUACUGUGCUUUGAUGAACGUUUAUUUACUGCUGCACUGAACGUUAAAAAAUAAGGUAAUAUUCAAGACAGGCUAAGUUUCUUUCACAUUUUAUUAAAUGUCCUUUAUAAUAGAAAAUUUUAAGUAUGAUUAUCUCAUCAAUUUGUUUUUUAUUUUGCUCAGUUCUCUGAAUACAGUAGUUUUGUAUUAAAAAUAGACUUGUGUUUGUGAAAUUAAGUUGAAAAAAGGUCACAGAAAGACAAAUAUAGUCUUAAGCAAAAAAAAAAUAAUUACUGAACAUGUCUGUUGUGUUGCUACAUACAGGAUUUUCAGAUUUUGAGUCCACCACUGUCGAUCGGUGGCCCGAACUGAAUUACAAGUUAAUUAAUACUUAAUUUCAGUCCCUUGAGAAUAUUAGCACAGUGCAUCACUCUGAUUCACGUGGUUUCAUUGUCACCAUCGGCCCUUUAUCUGACUUUACCCCGUCUUUGUGGUCGUCAUUAUUUUUUCCCUCAUAGUAACCGAGGCAGAUGCUUAAACUGGGGAGAGUCAUUAAACCCUAUUGUGCAUAAUUACACUUGUCUCUUUAAUUUGUCACUUUAUUUGCAUGUUUAUCACAUUUAGAGACUUUGUAUAAAACUAUUUAUUUUCAUGUAUUUUUUUUUUUUUACUUUCAGCCCCCCCCCCUCACAGAAAAGAAGCAGUACUGAAAUGGCUACUACGUAUAAAAGAAAAACAGUGGUACUUUACUUUGGUUGUUCCCAGGUGGGAAACUGGCUUUAUAUUAUUACAUAUUAUAUGACUACAGCUGUCAUUUUGUGGCAACUAUUACUUUGAAAAUAGGAGUUUGAAUAAAAAUAUAUAAUGGAA